AUGCUCGACCCGCUCUCAGCCAUCGGAUUGGCCUCGGCCAUCGUGCAAUUCGUUGACUUCGGUGCUGAAAUCAUCCAGGGCGCGCGGGAAGUCUAUGGCUCCAUGUCUGGCGCGACUGAGCGUAACCGGAGCCUAGAAGUCGUCGUGAGCCAAAUGAGCAAUCUGAUCUCGAAGCUCAGCGCUCAGGGGGACUCGCAGCAAAGUGAGGAUGAGAAAGCUCUCGGUCGCGUCGCCGACGAAUGCAAGAUUCUGGCAAAACAAAUUCUCGAUCUUCUUGAGAAAAUCAAGGCUAAAGAUCCCAACUCAACCCUCCAAGCCGUCUGGGCAGCACUAAAGAAUCAAAAAUACAGGAGAGAGAGGCAGGAACUGGAAGGAAGACUGGAGAGCUGUCGGAAUCACCUUGAAUUUCAACUGAACUAUUUGACCAGUAUUGAGACAAAGAGCAGCUUGGAUGCCCUGCUUACUUCGGCGGAGGGUCUCACUGAAAAAUUUGAACUGUUUCAGAAGCAUGUUGAGCAACUUCGCUGCGGAAUCAGGGUUACGUCCAUCAGCCCCGAGGCUCAAGAACAAGUCCGGAAGCUCUUGCAGCUCUCUGACGAGGUCCUCCAGAGCAUCAAACAGCAACGUGUUUUAAAUUCCCUUGCCUACAGUGACAUGGAAACAAGAUUCGAAGAAGUCUCCGAAGAACAUAGCAAAACCUUUGAAUGGAUUUUUGAAGACACCGCUCAAGGAGACUGCCUGGAGCGUGACGUUUCCAACCAAGAGCCGUUUGUCCAUUGGCUGUCAGCCGGAAAAGGCAUCUUUCACAUAAGCGGGAAAUUGGGGUCCGGAAAAAGCACAUUGAUGAAGUUUCUGUGUAACCAUCCUCGCACUGAAACUGAGCUGCGGCACUGGGCAGGCGAUCGCAAACUAAUAUUUGCAAAGUUUUUCUUCUGGAGGGGAGCUAAAACAAAGGAACAAAAGUCUCCAAGUGGCCUUGUCCGGUCGCUCCUGUACGAGGCGCUGCGAGCCUGCUCUGAACUCAUCCCCGUCGCACUGCCCGACCUCUGGGCUCAGCUGGAUUCAUUAGCCUGGCAGGUGGAUACGAAGCUCGACCUCGGAAAGCUGCAGACGCGAGCAGCGAUUUUUAGGCUUAUCAAUCAUCGGAACUUGUACAGGGAGCACUGUUUCUGCUUCUUCAUUGAUGGUCUGGAUGAAUUCGAGAAGACUCCUCAGGACGGCUAUGGAGAUCUAAUCCAAUUGCUUAAAAGUUGGUCCGACGUCGCCCCGGAAGCCGUCAAACUCUGUGUUUCCAGCCGGGAAGACCUAGUCUUUAUGGAUUCAUUUUCUCAGGAAAGGAGAUUUCGCCUUCAAGAUCUCACAAAGAAAGAUAUGCAACGUUACGUUUGGGAUAAGUUGCCGGUCGCGGCCGACGGAAAAGGUGAAGAACUGGCCCGAAAGAUAACCGAGAGAGCUGAUGGAAUCUUCCUCUGGGUUGCUUUGGUGGUCAAGGCAAUCCGGGAUCAGGUGGAUGAAGGGUACGAGCUCUCUGACGUCGAAGAAGAGCUCGGCCGGCUUCCCAGCGAGCUACAUGAGCUCUUUGAGUAUCUUCUCGAGUCGAUUAGCAGCGCAGGUCGCAAGAGAGCUCACCGCACCUUUGCCAUGAUUCUGAAGCUGAGAGGAUAUGAGUUCGACCUGUCGUUGCUGGCGUAUUCGUUUCUAGAAGACUACGAAAGGAACCCGGCUUUCGCUAUGGAGACAUUAUUCCCGUUUUCUGAUAUGGAUGCUACUACGAGGAGAAGCCGAGAAGACUUUGCACGCAAAAGACUGUACCGGGAUUGCAGGCGGCUCCUCGAAGUGGACGAGGAUAACAGGACCAUCACGGUCACUCAUCGAUCCAUUUUGGAAUUCCUUGAAAGUCAUGCAGUCAAGGACGAGAUGAAGUGCAAUCUUGAUGGCCCCAGCACUGAAGAUGCAAUUUCUCAAUUGUUCCUUGCAGAAAUGCGGAGCAAAACAGAAGGAUUUAAAGAGGUAUUCCUGGGUCAAGUCGUCUGUGCGCUGAUCGAUAUGCGAAACCGAAGCAACAUUGAUCAAGAGCCGUUUCGUUUUCUGGAGGUUCUAAAUUCCACAAUGACACGUUACCAAUGGACGGAGGUUCCGAGGUCCAAUCGUCAGCUAAUUCUCUCAAUCCCUUGGCAAAGAACUACUCGGCAGCUUGCUUUUCUGACGGCUACAUUUCGAGCCUUGGAAUAUCCAUUUGAUAAACACGGUCAACUCAACGAUGUUGUCACUCUAUCAACCCUUCAUGUUGCAUCAGUUUGUGGAGUCUAUGAAUACGUCGCCUGGAAGAUAGAGCACGAUCCAACCCUUAUCAAAAAUACUUUCGAAAUCGGCAUCAUUGUCUGCUGCGCCACAUAUGUGGACGAUUGUUUAAAGGACCUUCUUGGCAAGAAGAUGAAGAUUCUAGAGUUCAUGCUGACCCAAGGUCUCUCCGCAAAUGCAAUUAUUCACACCUGCGCAACAAAUAGCAACUUCAACGGAGAGCUGAGUUUUUGGCAACAUUUUAUCCUUAGGUUGGCGAAAAUUUUCGAUUCCAAGCUGGAUGAGGUCGAUAGGCUCAAAAGGGAAUUUGGCGAAAUGAUUGAAAAGUUUCUGGAAUAUGACGCAGACCCUUAUCUGUGGAUGUCGAAGCCCUAA